AGUUCGGAUUUGAAACGAAUCAGUUCUCAAUUUUAAAGCAGUGUGCUUGGUUGCGAGGAAGGAUUAAGCAACGUCUUCACGAUGAGCACCGACGGGAAUAACAACAAGAAAGGAUCGAAAGAAGGUCCAAAAACAUCAGAGAUAUCAAAGUUCGAUUUGGCCAAGGAGAACCCGAGAUUAGCUGAAUGGAUGGACGACUGCAUCAAGAGAAUGAACAGUCUCUACAAGGACACGAACAUCAACAUUUGCAAUGUGAUGACUGGACACGAGAUCAUUGCAAUCAUCCGGAUGGUCGAGGCAAUCUUCAUGGACGAGAGCAAUCUUUGUGAAGCCGAGGCUCCCAUCAAAGUCAUCGGAGACAUACAUGCCCAGUUCCAGGACAUGAACCGCCUGUUCGACUUGAUAGGGCGUGUUCCAGAGGAGAAGCUCAUGUUCCUUGGAGACUACGUGGAUCGUGGACCGCAAGGAAUCGAAGUUCUGAUCCUUCUCUUCUGCUUGAAGAUCCGCUACAGGGAUCGCAUCUACUUGCUGCGUGGCAACCACGAAACGCCGUCGGUCAACAAGAUCUAUGGAUUCUACGUGGAGUGUCAGUACAAGUACGGAGUCGGAUUGUGGUGGGACUUCCAGACAUGCUUCAAUCGUAUGCCAAUGUCUGGAUUGAUCUCGAAGAGAGUGCUCUGUAUGCACGGUGGACUCUCGCCGGAGCUCAUCAAUCUUGAUACGAUCAGGAAUAUUCCACGUCCGUGUGAGCCGCUGGAUCGUGGUUUGCUUAUUGAUUUGCUGUGGUCGGAUCCGACGAACAAGGGAGAAGGAUGGUUCCAUUCUAUUCGAGGAAUCAGCUACAUGUUUGGCAAAGGAGUCGUCGAGCAAGCGUGUAAAUCGCUGGAGAUUGAUCUGAUCAUUCGUGGCCAUCAAGUCGUCCAAGAUGGAUACGAAAUGAUGGCUGGACGCCGUCUGAUCACCGUCUUCUCGGUGCCAAACUACUGUGCCCAGUUCACCAACGCCGCCGCAGUGGUUUGCCUGAACGCCAACUUGCAGGUCUCGUUCCAACAGCUGAUCCCACCACCACUUCCGGAUGGCACCAAGGCCAAGGCAGCUCCAGCGAUUGCAAUCGACACGAAUAUUGAGGCGGCUCGUGCUGACAAAGAAGCCAUCAAACCAUAUGUCAAGGAAUAGUCAGGAAUCAGGAAAAAGAGCCAAUUUAGAUUUCAUGAAUAAAUCGUUUGAUUUGAA